UGCUGAGCCCACAGUGUGACCUGGGUCCCUGUACGGCCUCCCCAUUGCUUGUCCCAUCGCCACUCUGCCAUGUGCCACUUUGAAAUCUCCUCACACUCCUGCGGUUGUCCAUUUUGUCAUAGGUUGCUGGCAGAUUACAGGCCUCCAUAGGUGCCACCAGGCCCCAUAUCGGCCAUGGGCCCCCGUACCUCCUGGUCACGCUGCUGCUGGGCCCACAGUGUGACCUGGGUCCCUGUACGGCCUCCCAUUGCUUCCACUCUGCUGCCAUGUGCCACUUUGAAAUCUCCUCACACUCCUGCGGUUGUCCAUUUUGUCCUGGGUCCCUGUACGGCCUCCCAUUGCUUACCACUCUGCCAUGUGCCACUUUGAGGUCUCCUUACACUCCUGCGGUUUU